UUUCGCGGCCCCAAACUCGUCGUCAGCCGCCUCCCCAGUUUGCAUCUGAAAAUCAUUUGGAAGCUGCCACUUUUAAAAUCCACCACCGUAGCCUCCGCCACCUAGAUUUCUCCGAAGUUUUUUUCCUUGUCCGACACACACACACACACACACACACUCUUCAAUCCAUUUCCCAUCACUUCUUUUCUACUCUUUUGUUGAUCUCAUCAAAUUUCAUUUCUAUCUUUCUAAAUUUCUUCUGGGUAGUGUUUGAUUGGUUUAUUUAUUGGGUCCGGUUCCGAAUUUAUUCGUAUGAUCCCUCUUGUAUCAAAAUCAGAUUAUAAGCAAUAGAAAAGAUUACACGUAGUGGUAGAAGCACUGUAAAUAGGAAAGAAGAGAUAGAGAGAAAUGGCAUCGACGAGUAGUAGUACCAAUAAAAAUGGGGUGGGGGUGAUGAACGUGAAUAAUAAGAUCGAGAGAGCUCAUCAAAUGUAUAGAGAAGGUAAGUACCAGGAAGCUUUAGUUUAUUACACCGAAGCGCUUUCCGCCGCCAAGUCCAUACCCCAACAAAUCGCUCUCCACAGCAAUCGGGCCGCCUGUUUUCUCAAACUCCACAACUUCAAGAAGGCUGCUGAAGAAUGCACCUGGGUGCUUGAGCUUGAUCACAAUCACACUGGAGCAUUGAUGUUGCGUGCUCAGACGUUAGUCACUCUAAAGGAGUACAACUCAGCUCUUUUUGACGUCAAUAGGCUCAUUGACUUGAACCCUUCUUCAGAAGUUUAUCAGAAUCUUCAGGCCCGAUUAAAGACACAAUUGUCCCUUGCUCCCAUCCCUGAAGAUGAUGCAGAGCUUGAAGAAGAAGAAGAUGAUACAGAACUGCAGGUGGACAAGGAGGUAAAAGAAAGAAAAGCAUUGGAGGAAUGUGAAGAUGGAGUAGAGCAAGUUACAGAGGCGGUAGUUCCUGACGAGCAAAAGGCUGAGAGUUGUGGGGUUACUGCCAGAGGGGAAGUCGCUGCUCAGAAUAGUGCCGUUGGUAAGUUAUCCGAACAAGAUUCCUCUGGGUGGCAAGCUAUCCCAAAACCGAAAGGACACUCACAACUUGACUACUCAAGGUGGGAUAGAGUUGCAGAUGAAUCUAGCGAAGAUGAUGACGACGAUAGCGACAAUGAUUCUCAGCCCCAGUAUAGAUUCCGAGUGAGAACAGUUGGCGUGCGUGCGGUAAAGUAACGUCAGAAGAAUUGCCCGAACAAUAUACUUUACUUGACUCAUUUAUGACUGACUCUGCAGACCAAGUCUGUAGAGGGUAACGCCGCCCAUGAAUGAACGGAGGUGCUGUGGUUUGUGUUUGUUUGAAGGCUGCAGUUGAUGGUUCGUAAAUCAAACUUCAAAUGGUACGUGCAAUGCUUUGCUGGUUGGCUGCAAAUGAUCAACACUGAAGCUGUUCUGUUCAAGGGAUUUUUCUGUAUCUGGAGAUGUGGAAUGGCAAAGGCAGUGUCUCAGGACUAGCGUUUUCUGAUGGGCUUGAAAAGAAGAUUGAAGGAUCUUAUAGAACCUUAGGCUUGCAUUUACAAUGUCUGAUAUUGAAGGGACAUUUCUCUCCUGGCUUAUUGCUGUGUUACGGGCAAAGGCGCAAUCAAAUUCCUCCUUCCUUUUCCUCGGCAGAUUCAGACGGUACUGAAAAUGGCACGUUUAGACAAGAAGCAGGGAAUCGGCUAUGGAGUAGAUGUUAGCGUUGCAUGAUUAGAAUCUUGUUCUAGCGCAGACAAAUACUGGUGUCAAAGGGAUCCUGACCGGUUUUGGCUUCAUUCUACAGAAAAGGCUUUUUUUUU